UCUGGGCAAAAUGAAGGCGACUCGGACAUCAAGUAUCAGCUGAGCGACAGCACCAACUUUGGUAUAGAUGAAGGUGGCGUUAUUUACAACCUGAGAAACCUCGACUUUGAGCAUACCAAUGGCCACUACCUCCUCCAGGUGACCGCCCAGGACCUAGCCGGGCGAUGGGGGAUGAACUUAGCGGUGGUGUCGGCCAACAUACAGGUGACAGACUCUCCUGAAGAACCUUACUGACUCCCCACACUACUACUUCUCCGUCUCUGAGUUCGCGCCCAGAGGCAGCUAUGUGGGCACAGUGACGGCUGAGGAUGAUGAUGAAGACCUCGACUACUACUUCUUGGAGGCUGUGGAGCCGCCUGAUAUGUUCACAGUGCAUGGCGUGUCAGGUGUGGUGACCCUUGGACGUACACCAGGUAAAUCCCAGUGGUCAUACACCUUCCGGGCCGGGGCUGUUGAUCACCGAGGCCAGGUCACCUUUGUUCCUGUCACCGUCCAUAUCAUAGCAAGCAAUCCAUCCUACGCUCGUCUUGUCUUCGUAGCUAAUGACGACAACGUACAUAAGCCGAUGUUUCCGGAGUGUAACGCUUAUGACGGCAUACGUGUGAACGAGAAUGUGACGGCCGGAACACCUGUGCUGCUGGUGCGUGCGAUCGACCAGGACUCAGGCCCAGAAGGUGUCAUCAAGUACUCCCUCAUCAAUGACUUCGGCAGCUUCGCUAUACACGCCUCCAACCAACACGGCCAGAUCACUACAACCAGGCGCCUCGACCGUGAUGGGGACGACAAAGAGUUCUUCCUGACGGUGAUCGCGAGGGACGGGGCACUGGAGCCACUUCAGGACACCUGCACCUUCAGGGUGGUGGUGGAGGACGUCAACGAUAACUCGCCUAUCUUUGACCAGCAGCGGUACGAGCAAAGCCUAGCCACUGACCACAGCCCAGCCACACCAAUACUCAGGGUCACGGCCUCUGACCUCGACUCCGGAAGUAAUGGUCAGGUCACAUAUCAUCUGGAGGGUCACCGUGAUCACCUCCAAUACUUCGCUGUCGAACCAAUCACUGGGGUUAUCACUCUCAAGAGAACAUUGGAUGAAGCUGUGACACGGGAGAAAACGGUAGAGAUGCGCGUGAGAGCGGUGGACAGCGGUAACCCUGCGUUAUGGUCGACUGCACCUGUUACCAUUAAGCUAGUGUCUUCAGGUGAGCUGCCGCCCUCCGUGGUAAAGCAGGAGCCUCUACGACCAGCCAUACUGGAGAACACCACCGAGAACACAGAGGUCGCUAUCCUGUGUGCUAGGUCAAACCUUCCUGACCUUACCAACGUGUACUUCACUCUCCCCAACGGCAAAACCAGAGACUCUAACUCCGAUGGCACCUUUGCGAUCAGGUAA